AUGCUCAGUAAAGGAGAGUAUGAGAUCUGUCAAAGAUCAUUAGCUAUAGUCAACGGUAAAAUCGGUUCUGGUGUGCUAAUAAACGAAAUAAUAAUGAGUCGGGAUGAUGCAUCAAACAUGAUCUCAUGCAUGAAAGAUACGGCAAACGAAAGAACAUUUUCAUCGUCCAGUCGACUAAGACGACGUACACUCCAAAAUUACGUCCUUUUAUGGUUACACAAUGGAAUUGAAUUAUCAAAUAAAGAAUACCAGAAUAAUCUAUCUCAUUUUCAAUCUGUUGCUGAUGAUAUCAAUAUUUUCACUCAAUCAAAUGAUUGCAUCGACUUCAUCAAUAAAGUAAAGAAUGUUAAAGUGUUCCUAAUUGUCGACAACAAAAUCGGCCAACAAAUCAUAUCAAUUAUUCAUGAUAGUCCUCAACUUGAUACAAUUUAUAUAUUUAGUAAUAAUGCAUGUCAAGAAGAACAAUGGAUAAAACUAUGGUUUAAAAUCAACAAUGUAUAUAAUGAAAUCGAGUGUUUAUGUAAAGUACUACGUUUAGCCAUGAAAGAAUGCAAUAAAAAUUCCAUUUCUAUGAGUUUUAUAUCAAUUGACAAGGAAAUUUCUACUCUAAAUUUGAAUCAACUUGAUCCAACAUUUAUGUAUACUCAAUUACUUAAGGAAGUUCUACUUGACAUGAAACCUACCAAAGAAUCACUCAAAGAUUUCGUUGCAUUUGCUCGUAGACAAUACAUUAGUAAUCCUAAAAAACUGGAUAUGAUUAAUGAUUUUGAACGUACUUACUCUUCACAAAUGUCUAUUACAUGGUAUACAGGCGAAUCUAUUGUUUAUGAAAUACUCAAUCGAGCUCUGCGAUUAAUGGAAGCUGAUUUAAUUGUUGACAUGGGUUUUCUUAUUCACGAUAUUCAUUAUGAGCUUUGUAAACUGUAUAAAGAACAGCUCGACAACGAUUUUAAGACACCUUUUACCGUCUAUCGAGGACAAGGUUUGUCAAAAAUGGAUUUCGAUAAACUAAUCAAAAAUCAAGGUGGAUUAUUGUCAUUUAAUAAUUUUUUAUCGACAAGUCGUGAUCUAUCAGUUUCAACUUUCUUUGCGGAAAGUUCAGCAGGAAAACCGAAUACAGUAGGCAUCUUAUUUAAAUUGUUUAUUGAUCCUUCUGCACCAACAAUUCCAUUUGCUUCUGUUCGAGAUGGAAGUUUUUUCAAGACAGAAGAUGAAAUUUUAUUUUCCAUGCAUAGCAUCUUUCGUAUUGGUAAAAUAGAAAAAAAUGAUGAUGCCAUUUCGGUAUAUAAUGUGGAACUUACAUUAACAUCUGAUGAUGAUAAACAACUUCGUAUUUUAACAGAACAAAUACGAGACGAAGUUAGAGAAGAAACGCCAUGGGGACGAUUGGGAAAACUAAUGAUCAGAAUAGGACAACUAGACAAAGCUGAAAUGCUCUAUAAUUCACUAGUGGAUCAUGCUUGUUGUGAAGGUGAAAAAGCUCUUUAUCGUGUAAAUCUUGCAGUACUCAAAGCGAAGCAAAAUGAUCCUCAGAAAGCUAUUGAUUAUUGCAAACAAGGAAUUGAAGUUUUAGAAAAAACGCUUUCUUCCGAUGAUUUGAUUCUAUCUGUUUGUUACAAUAGUGCUGGUGCGGUAUAUUACAGUCUAGGAAACUAUAAAGAAGCACUUUCGUUUUACGAAAAGAGUCUUGAAAUUACACAAGAACAUCCUCCAUCAGAUGGCAGAAUGCUGGCCAUCUCUUACAAUUCGAUAGGUGUGGUCCAUCAUCAAAUGAAAAAUUAUCCAAAAGCACUUGAAUCGUUUCAGAUGAGUUUGUUAAUUAGAGAGAAAAUUCUUCCUUUAAAUCAUCCUGAUUUGGGUGCUAGUUAUAUGCACAUUGGUGUUGUUUAUAAGGAUAUGAAAGAAUGCCAAAAAGCACUUCCUCUCUAUCAUAAAGCACUUGAGAUCAUGGAAAAAACUCUUCAUCCAAAUGAUCUUAAUUUGGCCACUUGCUACAAUAACAUCGGUGGAAUCUAUGAUGAAAUAGAAGAAUAUCCAAAAUCAUUAGAAUUUUACAAAAAAGGACUUGAAAUGUUUGAAAAACGGCUUCCUUCAAAUCAUCCCUCACUGGCUGUUCUUUAUCUUAACAUUAGUAAGAUAUACAAGAGCAUGAUACAAUACUCAGAAGCAAUUGAAUUUUGCAAAAAGGGUCUUGAAAUUCUUGAACAAACUAAUCCGUUGAAUUAUCUUCGAUUGUCUAUUGCUUACAAUCGAAUGGCUUCAUUAUAUAUGGACAUCAAAGAAUACUCAAAAGCACUUUGUUUUUAUGAAAAAGAACGUGAUACCUUAGAACUAAAUCCUCCUCAAAAUUCUUAUGAUUUAAUUACUUGUUAUAACUGUAUUGGUUAUGUGUACAGUAUCAAAGAAAACUACGAAAAAGCAUUAUUAUUUUAUCAAGAAGAACAAAGAAUUAUAGAGAAGAUUUAUCCUGAAGAUUACCGUUUAUUAGCUCGUGUAUUUAACAACAUUGGUGGAAUGUACAAACAUAUGAAAAACUACUCAGAUGCUCUCUUUUUCUUGGAAAAAAGCCUAACUAUUAAAAAACAGAUUCUUCCUAUGGAUUAUCUAUCGAUAUCUCUUUCCUACAACAACAUUGCUAUGCUAUAUGAUAGUAUGAGAAAUUAUGUAACGGCGAGCUUAUAUCUAGAACAAGCUCUCAGUAUUAUUGAAGGUUUAUCUUCGUCUAAUUAUUGUCAUAUCGAACAAAUUAAAAAUAAUAUUGAACUUGUUAAUCAACAUGCAUCUCAAUAA